AUGUGGGCAUACAGCAAUGGUUCCAACGAGGGAUCAGCAAUGCCGACUCCGUGGACAACAGAUCGUCGGGGGCACCAGGAAUGGUUGGAAGAGAGAGUGGACAGGCUUACACAGAUGGUCCUCCACCAGGAGCAGACACUGUCUGCUCUCAGGCAGGCGGCCGAAAAGUGGAGAGCGAUCAAGGAGGAGACGCCGGAAAAAUUGGGAUAUUCUCUCAAACUCGCGAUGUUCAAACAGUUGAUGAUCACCUUGCAGGAACGAAUUACCGAAACGGCGAAAAACCAACAGGCAAUGGAUCACGCCAAGUCCCUCAACUGGGUCGACCCGGAGGGCUGCUGGCGGAUUCUAAAAUGGAACGGGGCCAAGCAGAACCUGGAGAUCGACACUACGGUCCAGUCGACCUCUACGGAGAAUCUCCUAAGCCAGAUUGUGCAAGUCCGCAAGGCCAUCAACGAGACCUCGCUCAUCCGGUUCAAAUCCAUACGCAGGCUGACAGAGGGAGUACAGACGGAGUGGGUGACCUUUCAGAUCUUCGUGUCUCUUCGCCCGGAGGGGUCACCAAUCUGGAGCUCUCUGACGUCGUGGAUCGGACAAGCUGCAUUUCACACGAUAGGUUGCAGGUUGCGGCGCGACCGCCCACAAUACGAUGCUCUGGCAGCCAGCCUCUGGGGAUGA